CAGGACAGUGGGAAGGACAAAGUCACACAGGCGGCGUGUCAAACUUCUAUCACCUUUCUAAUUAUAAACCUGAGCCUUCACUCUCCAAGAAUGGAAGUUUAGCCAGGCCCAUCUGUGGCCUAAAAUUAGCCCCAACACCCCCAGAAAGGACCUCUCCCCCCUGUUCACGAAUACACAAACACACACACACACACACACACGCACACACACAUGCAUACACACGAUACUGCACUUUUCACAACUCCCAGUUCCUGUGCAAGCGUCACAAACUCUUUGGAGGAGCUUUCUCCCUUCUAUUUUGUCUUUCUCUCACGUGACGUUUAAUGGACUUUUGAAAACACGUCUAAUAUUAUAUUUUUGGAAAUCACAUUAUUUGGCAGCGAGGUGAGAUGGAAGGGCUCUGACUCGCUCUCGCCGGGAGUUAACAUUAUGGUUCUGGGCCAAGCUGUCAACAUGAGUCUGAUGGACAUUUCCAAGAUCUUCAGCCUGCUGCAGCCCAAGGAGGAGGAUGAGGACAACGAGCAGAGUCAGGCCCUGAACAACGCCGUGAGCAGCAACAACGUGACCCUGCUCUCCGAGCUCCUCUCUCAGGAGAAAUACAGGAGGUCCAUCAAUGCUCGUAGUGGGUGGGGGGUCCCGGUCACCCCCUUGCGCACUGCUGCCGCUCUGGGACACCUGAGGUGCCUGGAGUUACUGUUGGAGCACGGUGCAGAGAUCGACAGCCUGGAUGUGAAGGCCCAGACGCCUCUGUUCACAGCUGUCAGUGGGAAACAUCUCGACUGCGUAGUGGCCCUGCUGAAGGCCGGGGCCGACCCCAACGGCAGCCAGUACAACAACUGCUCCCCGGUGCUGACCGCCGCCCGCGAGGGGGACGUGGACGUGCUCAGGGAGCUGCUGCGCUUUGGAGCCGAGCUGGACGUCAGAUCCAAAGUGCCCGAGUGGGCCUCCAGCAGCACGGCGUGCAGGGGGCCCCUGUACAUCUCAGCUGUGUAUGGACACCUGGACGGCUUUAAGUUGCUCCUGCUGCACGGGGCCAACCCCAACUACAACUGCACAGACGAGAAGAUGCUGGCCAGGAUAAAGCAGCCGAAGACAGUGCUGGAGGUGUGUCUGCGUUAUGGCUGUGGGGUGGAGUACAUCCAGCUUCUCAUAGACUUUGGGGCAGACGUGUAUCUACCCACGCUGAUCAUUGACAAGACGACGAAGCAGAAUGAAGCUCUGGAUCUGCUGCUCAAGGAGAGAGCUUGUCCCAAAACUCUGAUGUCUCAGACUCGGCUGACGAUCCGGAGACACAUGUCCUUUUCUGACAAGGGGCCUGCCGUUGACAGUUUGGACAUUCCCCUGAUCCUGAGAAACUACCUGAGGCAUGAGACCACUGAACUCAUAUGAUGCCUCUGAGACAUGGCCAGUCAACUGUUUACCUCAUAGCUGCUUGAUAAUUCAUUUUUGGCUUUUGGCAUUAGUUUCCCAUAAGUAAACAUCCAGUCACAGAGGGCACACUAUCGAAUAACCUCCCCUGCUCCUGUAUAAGUCCUUGUACUGUGAAUUCCUGUUGUUAUUAUUGAUGGUUUGUGACUUUCUGUAGUUAUAGUUUUUAUAGAUAUUUAUAACUUUGUAAUAUCUUUUACAACCACUAGCAGACGUCCUAAAGGUCUGUGCCAUGUCCUUAGGAAGUGUAACACCACAAUUGAUCACUAGAGACCACUCUAACACUGUAUGUAGCUGAUGUCUGAACAUGAGGCCUCCCAUUGGCUUGAUCAUGUGUUACUGUACUAUACCUCUUUUUUUAUGGAAUCUCUACACAACCAGAUAUCGUCUCACAUCAGUUUAUAAGACAUCCAGACACAACUGUGGAUUCACACAGACACACACACUGGCCGCAUUCACACCAGGACGUCUCAGAUCUUCCUCUGAAAAACCUUCUUGCAUCUGCGGACUUCAAAACACGAGGAAGCCGAGCAAUCAGCCAGCUCUCCAGAGUGGCCAACUGGGAGAGGGUAUUUGCAUAAGUCUCAUUACUUAUUGAUUACAGCAUAGUUACUUGCAGGCCACAAUUUGGAGCUGGAACUUUGUUGAAAAUGUACCUCACAUGGCGUGUGAAUCCCAGUCCGGUGAUGUAUUUGCAUUUCAUCUUACCAUACCUCUUUUGUAA